CAAAUUCUCUAAAAUCAAUGACUCACCCUCAACAACCACCUACUGCCAUUUAAGACCCUAAAAAAAAAAACUCACAAAAACAGAAAAAAAGAGAUCAUUGUUGAAAGCGAAUUCUCUAUCCCUCAACUUUAAAGAUUUUGCUCUGCAUGAUGGCGAGGAACUGUGAUUCACGGGCUGGAGUAACGGCGCUGUCACUGAUCUUGUUAUGUCUAACGAUCAGUAACAAUAUAGUACCAGUAGCAGAAGCUAUAUGGCUAUCAAUUCCUAACUCGGGAACCAAGUGUGUUUCGGAGGAGAUCCAGAACGACGUUGUCGUUUUGGCUGAUUACUAUGUUCUUAACGAAGAACAUCCCGAACACCCCGCCACUGUUACUGUUCGGGUAACAUCCCCAUAUGGAAACAAUCUUCACCACAAUGAAAAUGUGACUCACGGUCAGUUUGCAUUUACAACCUCGGAGGGUGGUAACUACUUGGCAUGUUUCACGUUAGAUGGUCAUCAGGAACCAGCUACAGGUGUAACUCUGAGCCUCGACUGGAAAACUGGAAUUGCUGCGAAGGAUUGGGAUUCUGUGGCGAAGAAAGAAAAGAUUGAGGGUGUUGAACUUGAAGUAAGGAAACUUAAAGAUCACGCGGAAGCCAUCCACAAUAAUCUACUCUAUCUCAAGCAAAGGGAAGCUGACAUGAGAGAGGUCAGUGAAAAAACCAAUAGUAGAGUGGCAUGGUUCAGUAUCAUGUCCCUUGGUGUCUGCAUCGUGGUUUCAGUUUUGCAGCUGUGGCACUUGAAGAGGUACUUCCAAAAGAAGAAGCUUAUAUAAUCUUAUGAUGAAAAAACGAACCAUGUGAUUAUAAUAUUGUACACAGUAUAUUAUUCUUUUUUCUUGAUUUUCACCUCUUGGAGGUGCGAAAUAGCUCAGGCCCAAGAACAGUCUCAUUUUGUGUGGGGAGGAAAGAGAAGAAAGGAGAGGAGAAAGAAUAAAAUAAUAGUCGAGAAUACUGAUUUCA